CCGAUUUUCCACUGAGUGGAAGUAGCCAGGAUUAAGCAGAAAGAAUACCCCGCCAACCAUGGAAUCGAUCCGAGUGCAAAAAUACUCCUUUACACAGCUAGACAAGCUUGGCGAAGGAACUUACGCAAACGUGCGUUGAUCCUCAAUCUCCCCACAAUGCUUGACAUAUAGGACCACUUCACCAACCUGUGCCUGGACUGAACAGGUUUACAAAGGACGCAAUCGGCAGACGGGGGAGAUCGUAGCUCUGAAACAGAUUCAUCUAGAUCCGGAGGAAGGGGCACCGUCAACAGCUAUUCGCGAGAUUUCCUUGAUGAAGGAACUCAAGCACGAAAAUAUUCUCAACUUGUACGAUGUCAUCCAAAGGGAUAACCAACUGGUUCUCGUCUUUGAAUUCAUGGACCAAGAUCUGAAAAAGUACAUGGAUACUCGAGGUCUUCAAGGCAGGCUCGAUCAGACCACUAUCAAAUCGUUCAUCCACCAAGUGCUAUGCGGAACAGCAUUCUGCCACCAGAAUCACAUCAUUCACCGGGACCUGAAGCCACAGAACCUGUUGAUCAGUAGUUCCGGUCAGCUCAAGCUGGCGGACUUUGGCUUGGCUCGCGCGAUUGGAGUGCCGGUCAAUAUCUUCUCUAACGAAGUCGUCACGUUGUGGUAUCGAGCGCCCGACGUGCUCUUGGGAAGUAGGGCAUAUAAUACGAACAUCGAUCUCUGGUCGGUCGGCUGCAUCAUGGCUGAAUUGUAUCUCGGCCGGCCACUCUUUCCCGGGACCUCCAAUGACAACCAACUUCAGUUGAUCUUCCGUCUCCUGGGCACCCCCACGGAAGAGUCAUGGCCGGGGGUCUCCCGGUUACCCGAAUAUAGGCCCAACCUCUACCCGCAAGGAACGAGGAUGGACAUCCGACUGGUGCUCGGUCAGAUCGACGAGCCGGCUCUGGACCUUCUACAGAAAAUGCUUCGAUUGUGCCCUGAGCAGCGCAUCAGCGCUGCGCAAGCCCUCCUGCACCCCUGGUUUCGUUGAUCGGGCUUCGCGCUGGCUCUUAUAUUGCUUCUACACCAAUGGCAGGUUUACUAUGUAUGUAUCACGAAAUCGGGCCCGGAUGUUGUAAAAGCUUUGAAAUUGUUAAGGACUAGAAAUCAAACAGAGCUACCAG